GUACAUUCAUAGUCGAAAGGAUUUGGACAGAUUCGUUUCAUUCGCACGCGCAUCUUUAUUCUGUGGGCGCAUCGCGCUAGUGCAUGUAGUGGUGGUGCUUGCGUCUUUUCUUGUACUUGUUUCCGGGCUUCGCGCUGGGCCAGUGCUUGGUGACAUUAGUUGCCCAGCGGCCGGUGCUACCGCAAUGUAUCUGGAAAAGUGCUUCUGCUGAUGUUUGUUGUACCCAUCAAGAUCUAGCCUGUCUCUGCAUCGUUGACACCAAAUAGCCACAAGUGCCCGAUUGCUGCUGGUUAGCUCAGUUCGGAAUUUGGCCUUACAAGCGCAAUGAGCCCUGGUGAAUGCAUCACUGCUGCCAAAGUGGCAUGCCAUCCCACUUCCAAGGUCCUUGGUCAGGUCGAGGUUGGCAUGCAGUGCAGCUUGCCUCUGGCUGACAAGUCUGAUGAGUGCUCCUUCAAAGCAGGCUGCGAGUCAAGGAGCGUGCAGACUAUGGAGACUGUAGAUCAGUCAAGCUCCACUUCAGCAGGGAGGCAUCAUGAUGUCACACUAACGCUCCAGCACAAGGAGUCGCAACAGAGCCACCUCUACCACUGUGACUGUUGUGACUAUGCGACUGCCAGACUGCCCGCUCUCAUUAUACACAAGCGCAAGCACACAGCAUCGAAGCCUUCUAUUUCUCCAACAACAGCCAACGGUGACAAUUCACAGCAGGGAUGCCUCCACCAAGAUCAUCUCUGUGACUGUGAGGCUGAUAAACUGUUUCGUCUGGAAGCAUACGCCAGGGUCCCUAGCGGCGAGUGUCUGUUUAAGUGCCAUUUGUGCCCUCAGAGCUUCUCAAGAAGAGACACCCUGAAGAGGCACUUGUCCGUCCACACGGGUGAGCGGCCAUUUCAGUGCCCUUCGUGCCCUCAGAGAUUCUCACAAAAGUCCAAGGUCAAGGAACACUUGCGCACCCACACAGGCGAGAAGCCAUAUCAGUGCCCUUCAUGCCCUCAAAGCUUCUCACAACCGACCCACCUGAAAGACCACCUGCGCAGCCACACAGGUGAGAAGCCAUUUCAGUGCCCUUUAUGCCUUCAGAGCUUCUCACGAAGGACCCACCUGAAAAUCCACCUGCACACCCACACAGGCGAGAAGCCAUUUCAGUGCCCUUCAUGCCCUCGGAGCUUCACGCGCAACUCCACCAUGAAGAAACACCUGCAUACCCACACAGACGAGAAGCCAUUUCAAUGCCCUUCAUGCCCUCGGAGCUUCACGCGCAACUCCAGCAUGAAGCUACACCUAAACAUUCAUACAGGUGGCCGACUAUACUUUUGCACCGUCUGCUCGAAGUCCUUUACGCGGGCUGAUUACUUGAGCAGACAUAAGAAAACACAACACCGUGAUACUGUAGAGUAAGUCAACAGCCAUGUUGAACUAGAGUUCCAAUUUGGAAUCUAUGGACGUUGAGCGUACUGCAGGGUAUUCUGCUUCAUCAGGUGGUACAAGUGCUCCAUAUACUCUUAAAGGGGCUCUGGAAUGCCUUUUCUUGGUCAUGCUCUAGAUCUACUUUCAGGGUAUCAUAAAACGAAGAGCAAAAAAAAUGAUAGAAAUUUACUCACACAAUCCCAUAUUAUGGCUCAUAAAAAAUUGAAAAUACAAGCCAAAUGAAAGUUAACCUCAACCCCUGCUGGAAUUUUAGCUGCUCUAAACACCAGAUUUCACUUUGCUAUGACUUCGUGUGAUGACACCAAUAGCAGCAGGGCAUUAGUGGAAGUCGGCACGCCACAAUUUCUUAGCCUGCUCAUAGCCUGCACGAUCUGGUGGCUCACUGUCUGAUCUGGGGCGUCAUGGCUUCUCUUCUGUAGUGAUGCCAUGACCUUUCGGUGCCAUAGUGCUCGGCAUGGGAUGUGCGACUCUCAUGACUGCAACACCUUGCUCAUGGCUGUGCGUUACUUUAAAUGGUUGUAAAAUGUAAUGCCAUAGCUUUUAUUGUAGUAUACCUAAACUUUUCAGAAAAAGAUGCUAGAGAAAGCAUUCUAACUGGGCAAACAUACUAUAUGAAGUCACUGAAACAUUGGGCAGAUUCAACUGUAGUCGACAUCUACCUACACAUUGCACAAAUGGGAGCAGCAUGAAUCGCUGACACGCUGAACUGGUGGUGCCCGAGUGGCUUGAGUAUUGUCUUUCUUGCUGCUCCGCAAACUCUUGUUUGCACUCUUCAAAUUUGGCUUGGGUCAGCAGCUUUGAGCGGGGCAUUUUGGUGGGAAGAUUUGACAUGCUUACUCGGCGAGAAUCGUUGCAGCGUGAGCGUCAACGAGCUAGGGUUGCUCAAGCAGACGUAGAUAGGUUAUGUUGUUUUCCAAUUGCAUAGUGUUUAAAAACGGUGAUGGAAAACGGAAACGAAAUCGAGCUGGUGGGUGAUGCCAGGAUACGAUGCCGCCAGAGCGAAACAUAAUGCUCACUUUACGCUGCCUGCAGCAGGGAACAGCGGUGUGCUUGGGUUAUCGCUUGUUAAAAGCAUGCAUUACGCCUCCAACAACACUGUUCCACAGGUGCUGUGAAACAUAUAGGUAAAGAUACUUAUUGCAACAGGGCUGGCUGCGGUAGCUGUGAAUGCAACCUGCGACAGCCGACGAGAUUUGCUGGUUUCAGAAUGAGAAACUAAGUGCCAUCAUUUUCACUUGGCGCGUACCAGCAAUUACUGCAGAGGAAGCUGCCAUGGCAAGUGCCUACUGCUCUCGUUCGCCAUGUGUCUCACACCUUUUCUUGUCACAUAGGAUCUAGGGGCCGCAGAACAUUCGCAGUUUGGCGAUGUACUGAAUGCUGGUGGCGAAAGAUCUUAAUUUCCGGGAACAUAUGAAAGGGACCCUGGAACGAUUCUGGCAGUUUUGUACAAACAUACUGAGUUGUUGGGCAGGUCCUUCUGAUCAUUGAGUGAGACUUUCAAGUGCUCCUUGUACAGCACAUUAAUUCAUUAUGAGUAGGGAUGUGCAAAUAGCAUUUUUGAGGCCCAAUCAAAUACGAAGCAAAUAGUGCCACAAGCAAAUCGAAUCGAACAUUAGGUAUUUUUCAAAUAGUUUUUGAAUAAUAAGCAGCCAUUUUCACAAUGGAUGUAAAGUUGUAUUCACAUCGUAGUAGUCAUAAGCUUAGCACCUUUCUGUCAUGAUGUGCAAAAACGUAGAAACAAUUAAGCAGUUUCAUUGCAUAUACAGGUCUUUCGGAAAGGGAAAAUGAUCCCUGUAUUGCAGCCUGUUGCACUACAUAGGUUCUCAAGUUUUGUAUAUGUAUCUUACGCCCACGGGAAUGAAAAUUGUUGUACUUUUGCUCCAAUCUUGUGUUUGAUUGCACAGAUUUGACAUUUUAACAUACUUGAAAACUAUUAGAAAAUUAUUUGUAUUUACAUAUAGUGACUAUUCGAUUCGAAGGCUGAAUCGACUAGGACAGUAUUUGAUUCAUUAUUGAAACGUUUUGAAUAUUCGCUCACUUCUAAUUAUAAGAUUUGAAAAUGUGCAUUGCUGCCGAUUGCAGCAGUGCUGGUACGCUGAGCUUUCCACUGCUCUGUCACCAUCUGCGUAGCAGCUGCCGUGCAUGACAGUCGAGCAAGCUAUCCAAUAGCGUCACUGAUAAUUUUUCCAGCUUUGUGGUAGACAAAUGUUGGUUAACUUGUUUCUAUAGAAAGAAUUAACAGAAAGAGGGCACACGACAAUUUAUCUCUACACUGAAGUAUUUUGGCGCACAGCUAAUGUUGUCUCCUUGUGUUACAGCUUGCUCUGUGUUGGUCUCAAGGUUUCCUUUCGCGACUACCAUAAAUCGCCCGUGUUGCAUUUUGGGCUGCGAAGAUUGGUAACAAGUCAAGCUGCAACAUGCUGUUGCAGCUUGACGUAUGUUUUGCUUUGCUGCUGAUGUAAAUUCUCGGCCGCAGCAUGAUCGUGAACACGUCUUUUUAAACGUUUAAAAUGUUUUACACUUGGUUACAGCAAUAUUAGCUCUUUGCCAUCAGAUGGCGGCACCGCGCAGGUUGCUCACGUUUGUGCUCCACACAUCCGUCAAAAUGCCCAGCUCGCCUGUGUUUACCAGAAUACUGGACAUGCUCGGCGCUCCAACAAAACGCUCACACUGCACACUGCUUGGAUAGCGCUCGUUGGGGAUCGGCGGCCAGGUGGCCAGUGUUUUAAGUUGGAGAGGCUUUGCGUGCUGGCUCGAAGUCACCGGAAGUAGAUGCUACGAUGUCACAUCAUAAUGCUGAACCAGUGAAGGCGGAGCUUAGCCCCCGUUGCUUGGCAAAUGAGUUGAAGAGCAAAAGCAUGGCAAGAUAGGAGGAUAACUUGUAAUCUUCCGUGGCUCUGUAAAUAUGAGACGCUUCACUUAAAUUGUGGUGCAUAUGUUUUACUGUAGCUGUACACUAUGCAUCUACAAAACUUGUCCAAACCGUUUGAGGGGCCCUUCAACUGGUAAAAAGGAAGCAUAAAAUUGGGUCAUUGUUUUUAUAUUCUUAAUCGCGAACAUUAGCUUUGGGAAAUCGUACAAAACAAGGUCGUAUCAACGAGGUUCUACUGUAUUUGCAAUACCGUGCAAACGUAAAUGACCAGUUACAUUUUUAACCAAUGAUAGUAGCAUCACUGCCUAUGACAUACAUAAAAUCGCCAUCAGUGCCGCUCAAUAAGCUUUCUAUGGUACGUUUCAGGGCCCCUUUAAAUGUGGGACUGUCAAGCCCGUUUGCAUGAUGUUCCUACCUAAUCUAGGCAUUUGUGGGGGCAUGCUUAGCAAUGAGAUUGCUGUACAUUACAGUGGCCAUGUUCAUGUGAUAUUCUUUCCUGAAAAGGCACAACAAAUAAAUGCUCAUCUAUCGGACAUGCUUUCAAACAACUGAAUGUGCGAUAAAAUUUCAAGUCGUGAUAAAUUCUGAUAAUUAGAUGUCUCGCUCAACUGUAUUAGUGAUCCAAAUGUACUGCGGCGUAUUUGAAGUUGUGUAGUGUAGUUGCGUAUGUGUAGGCAAUAGACAGUGAAGCCGGAGAAAGUAUAGAGCAAAAUAUUGAGGAAAAGGGGAAUGAAAAGAUAGCGUGCCACGGGGCUGGUCACAUCUUCCAGAUUAUCUGCGUAGUGCUUUACUUAUUAAGGUUUUGUUUAAAUAAUUGGUUAGCCCAUUGGACAAUUAAACAGCCCCCCCCCCCCCCUUUUUCUUUUUGUAAGUGUGCACGAUUAAUUCUAGAAGUGUUGGCCGGUGUUGCAACAUCGUGGUAGUGGAGGUAGAAUGUCCUUAUAACCUACAGCUUAGACCACUUAUAGCAUAACUGCAUCUAGUGCAGAACCGGCUAUAAUGCGGUCUUUUCUGAUUCCCUUCUACCCUCCCAUAGAACUCUAUAUAUACACAUACUGCUCAUAGUGCAGCUGUGCGAGACGAAAUAUCAGUUGUAAUGCAGUUUCUGUGAACAAGCGUGCUAGAGCCUGCUUUUCAACGAGGUGCACUACCGAUUGAAAGGCAAAGCGAUGAGGAUGAUGCAGAGGAGAAGACGCAGAGUGAAUGAACAAGAAAGGAAAAAAAUAAUAAUAAUGGUGGCGGCAGCAUGAUGUGCACGCGAGGGUUUGCCUAGGCGACUGAGAAAUCUUUGCUGAACUGCUCCUCAGCGGCGCAUACUACCUUGACUGCUUUCAGUUUAAGCAAUGUUCCGCAAAUUUAGUUCGAAGCUUUUAGGCUUUAUGUUCACAUGCGAGCUUCCACUAUUCCUACCAGUAUGCACACAUAGAAGCUUGGUAGGCAUUCGCAGUAGUUGUUGCAGCUGGUCAGCCGAGAAACCAAACUCCGCUUCACAUGCGCUGCUGUCAGUUCAGCCUGUGCAUACGAUCACAUGCCCAAUCUCUAUCUCAUCGUCUAUGGGUACAAGCAUAUCAAGGGCAAUCUCUACGACGGCAUGCCACCUAACCCCGCUAGCUAAGCCUAAUCAAGGUGCCUUAUUGGGACUUGGUGACCAAAGUCGUGGUUUCGUGCCGAAUCCUUCGAACGUGUCGAAUUGACGUACAGCACUAGGAAACCGGAGAAAGCACCUCGACAACAAGAGGGAGGGCAUGGGUGGCAUGGGCAGCACUCGAAUGACGGCAGCUUCUUUUGCAGUCACCAUGUUUUCGAUAUUGCGUACACUCGAAUCAGCGUGAGAAAUAGCACGAGCUACUGUACGGCGUCCGAAAUUUUGAUCAUUGUUCUACAUUAGUUGCAUGGAGUUGAUGGCGGUGCUGAGGGAAAUUGAAAUAAUCAAGCAAGUCAGAAAAUUUGGUCAGCAACUUACUUUGGCCGUCCCACUUUUUUGUUUUAGUACUUGGUUUACUUCAUGCAAAGACUGUGGGUCCUUUCAACAUUAGCAAGUUUAAAUGAAUGCAAACACCCUGGUUGCAUGCUUCUAUUCUUAGAUACGUGCAGCAGCUCAGUCUGCUUGUUUUACACUUCUGUAGCCUUAGCAAAAAUAUUGUUUUGUUAUAGUGCAGACAUUCACAACGCUGGCAACUUAUGCUAUGCUGUAUUGUAAGGGUAUAAGGAUUGUUAUUAUUCUACUACAUAACUAUCAAAGUAACCUACCUUAAUCUUUUUGUGAGUUAAGAGUUAUGUAUAUGACUUAUAUGAUGAAAUCUUAUGUAUAUGAUGCCACAAAGCGUUCAGUAGUGGAAAUCAGCAGAUAGCUAGACCACGACACACGUGAAGCGCCGGUAACUCAUCGCAUUGCUACAUUGUUAACAAUAUCAUUCACUAAUAUUAGAAGCCUGAUGUUGAAACACGAACUCGUCUCAUCUUAUCUUGAAGACUGCAACUGCACUAUUCUUGCUCUCGCUGAAACCUGGCUUUCCCCCGACUUAGCCAAUAGCAAAAUUCUUCCCGUUAAGCUCACCUAUAAUAUUUAUUGCCACAAUUGCUCAGAUAGAAGAGGUGGUGGCUUCCUCCUGGCUAUUAAAAAAGACUAUCGCAUCGUACAUUAUUGGCACAUCUUCAGGUCUGGAGAUUGUCUGGGCCACAUGCCGCUGCCGUUCUGCUAAAGUUUUGAUAGGCAUUUGUUACCGCCCUCUAAAUUAUAGUCAUUGCUUCAUUGAUUAACUGCGCAACAGCAUUGCUAAAGCCACCCAGCUCUGUCCAACUGAGUUCACAUACCUUAUUGGCGACUUUAAUCUUCCUCUCAUUGAUUGGCCAAACUUGUCAUCAUCCUGCAGUUUAUCAUCAGAAUUCCUUAGCCUAACAUUAGAUUAUAAUCUGUUCCAGAUCAUUAAAAAACCUACUCGUGGCUCCAACGUCUUAGAUCUUAUACUAACUAACGCCCCGGAAACUAUAGAACAUGUAACAUGCUCGGAUGGUUUCAGUGACCACAAAUUACUCAAUCUAUCCAUCAGUAUCAUUACCAUUUACAGGUGUCUCAAGAAAGACAAUUCGUGACUACAGCAAGGGAAAUUACGAAGUAAUCAACAUUGAGCUAGAAUCAUUUCUUGAACAUCAAUUUCCACCUUCGUUCCACACCAGGUCUGUUCAUGAUAACUGGGUCAUGUUCAGAGAUAAGUUAUGCGCAUUGGUUGAGCUGAACAUUCCUUUAAUCAGAAUAACUGAAGACAAAAACAAACCGUGGUUCACCAAGUCCCUUCACUUACUCAGAAACAAAAAGAAACGUUCACACAGAACUGCAAAGCAAAUCGGCACCCUGUCAGCUUGGGAAAGGUAUCUUAACUGUUUAAGUUCAUACUGCUCCGCUGUCAAUGUAGCCAAAAAUAAAUAUUUUUAUAAGUAAAAUUAAAAUGAAAUUAUUAAUUGGUGUGAUACCUGGAUAAUGACUCUAAAUUCAUCAAAAUGUAAAGUGAUGUCCUUCACCCGCAAACGCACUAACUUGGACUAUUCUUACUGUAUUAAAAAUGUCCCAUUAUCUCGGACCUCAUCAUUUAAAUAUCUAGGCAUAAAUCUUUCAACAAACCUCUCCUGGACUUCUCACAUAACUACCAUCUGUGCCAGUGCUUUUCGAUCACUGGGCUACCUGCGACGUAACCUUCGGAACUCACCUCCACUUAUCCGCAAACUGGCAUUUCAAACAUUUGUUCGCCCUCGACUUGAGUUCGCCGCUACAGUCUGUCUUCCCACCAAAAUUACCUAAUUACCAUGCUCGAAUCAAUUCAAUAUAGAGCCGCACGUUUCACUUCCCGGAAUUUCGACUGCCGUUCUAGCGUAACUCAAAUAAAGAUUCACCUUGCACUUCAGCUGCUAAGGAAUCGUCACGACAUAGCCCUUUUGUGAUUAUUUCAUAAAUACGCCCACCGCACUAACAAACGCUCCCUACACCUAGAAAUGUCAUCACACAUGUUGCACAGAUUACAAAAUCAUCAUAGCUUCAUGCUCAUCUAUGGUAAAACAGAAGCAUUUAACUCGUCUGCAAUUCCCCAUGCCAUUCGGCUCUGGAACAGCCUCCCCGACAACAUAGUUGCGGAAACUGACCGUGAAAAAUUCAGGCACUCACUCAACUCUCUUAACCCUUGUUAACCAUUGAUAUCACACUCACUGUUCUGUGUUAUUUUUCCUACCUUUUUCUUGCACUGUAAUGUGAUUGUUACAAACUUAUAGAGUUCUUUUUUAUUGUACUCAUAUACAGCAUUAUGUAGCUAAUAUGUUUUUCUAACUUUUAGGCUGUGCACCUGACUGAUGUUUUUAUUAUUAUUAUUAUUGUUACUAGAUUGUAUGUAGUUGUACUUACUUGAUUCUAUGCCCCCCUUACUCAAUGCCCAUGUAGAGGCUUUGUAAGGUUUUUUACAAAUAAAAUUUUAAAAAAUAUCCGGAUAAAGCAUGGUGCAAUCAGGCAGCACUGUUUCAAUGUUCUGGCGACAUUUCUAUCAUUGUGGGCAGUCUACCUGCUUUGGCUAUAAUGAAUGCAUAUGCGAGCUCCUAGCUUAUCAACAGCACGAAGUCAAUGUAUGAGAGGUCAUCAACAUUGUAAGGCCAAUGACAUUACACAAUACAUCCGAACAAUGAGUCAACAUGAUAAAACUAACGGAAAUUUUUAUGCCUAUCAUUAGAAAAGCUUUCUCAUCACACAUUUCUCUUGGACAUAUAUCCGGAACUGCUGAAGAUGGGGCGACAUUAAUUUACAAAAUCGGUGACAUUAAUGUUUUAUAAAUCUACCGUCUUAUGAAUAUCUUGUUACGUAUAAAGAACUUUUUUUUUUGAAAAGUGCAUUGUGAAACAAAUCAUAGCAUGUCUUGAGAAUUAUAACAUAGUCACUCUAAAGCAACAGGGUGUUUAUGAAUGUGAACUUUAGUGGAACAGGCUGCGCUGCUGAGGUAGUCGGGCGUUGAUGGCUCUUGCAGUGAUCAUUUGCACUUUCUAAAGAGCCCUGUGUAUUUGAAGCAGCUGUAUGUCUCUUUUCUAGUGCUCUGUUUAUGCUUUUAAUCAACGUUUCGUAACAUACAAUGUCAUGACAGAAAGUUGCUAACAUCAUGAGAACUAGGAUCUGAUCACUGUUUUAUAUUAGUAGUUGUUUAACUGACAGUUCAUUGUUUGAAGAGUAUUCAGUGUUCGAUUCAGUUUGAUGCUUUUGUUGCAUUGUGUGGAUCUCAAAAAUUAUUGUCCUCGUACCCUUACAAGAUAUGUAUGUUCAAUGUAAUGCAUUGUAGUGUUUAUUAUUACACUACAGAUGUCUGAAUGAUCUGCUUUCCAAGUUCUGUUAUAAAAUGUGCAUUCCUUUGUCUUUUUUGUGCAAUGUUUCUUCAUGUACAGUUGAACCUGGGUAUAACAAAUUACGGAAUAAUAUAAAAAAAGUUAAUAAAUACAGAAAUUGCUGUAUCAUGCUUUAUUUGUGUGGAUUAUUCUGCUGGUAUAAAGAAAUCAGAAAUGAGGGAUCCGUCACAGAAUUAACUAUAAUGAAGCAAAUGUUUGUUAGUGCCCCUUGCUUGAAAAUAUAUAUUCCAGCAGCAAGAACAUCAGGUACAGAUGCGGACCAAUUUUUUCAACCCGCACAUUAUCUGCGGCACCAUUACCUACCCCUAGGUGGGCGAUGGUGAUGGCGGUAGAUAACAAUAAUACCCGAAAUUUCAGAUGCUGCAGGUGAUUUCGGCCAUAAGCUGUGCGUGCGCUGUCGCAAACAUGGCGGCUUUGAGCAUAGGUGCAGUCAUGUCAACCGGCACCAAACUGCAACUGGUUGCCAUUGAAGUGGCACUGGUUUGGCCUAGCAGCCAAAGCAGUGCAGCCGGUGGAGUGGUUGGCAGUAAGACAGUGCGUGAAGCCUGCUGCCAACAUGUUCACACUUGUAAACUUUAUUGGCAUUCAAGCAUGAGAUCAGAUAGUUUGUCAGAAAGCACAGUAGAUAGUGAUGUCGCAGUUUCUCCCAAAUGCCAAAGCAUUGAUAGUGAUAGUACAGUAUUAGACAACUGCAUAAAGUCAGGUGCGUGGUGUUAUCAGCGUUAUAAAUUUGACUAAACAUUCACUUACUAAAAAAAAUGAGACAGUUAAGACUGCUCAUGUGUGGGAAUGCAAAAGUAUAGCACACCCUUCGGUGAAAUGUUUCCAGUUAUUGUUUUCAACAUGCAAUAAAGUUCUUUCUGCCGA